AUGGAGGACCCGCAGCUGCCACAGCCGGAGCUGCCACUGUGUGACAGCCUCAUCAUCUGGCUGCAGACAUUCAAGACUGCCUCGCCCUGUCAGGAUGUCAAACAGCUGACUAAUGGGGUGAUCAUGGCGCAAGUUCUUCAUCAAAUUGACGUAGUCUGGUUCAACGAAUCUUGGUUAAGCCGAAUUAAAGAUGAUGUUGGAGACAACUGGAGAAAAACGGUUAGUAACUUAAAGAAGGUCCUCCAUGGAAUUACAAGUUAUUAUCACGAGUUUUUGGGGCAGCAGAUUUCUGAAGAACUUAUUCCCGAUUUAAACCAAAUAACUGAGAGUUCAGACCCUGUCGAGCUUGGGAGGUUGCUUCAGCUUAUUCUAGGCUGUGCAGUCAACUGUGAAAGGAAGCAAGAGCUUAUUAAAAAUAUAAUGACCCUGGAAGAAUCUGUUCAGCAUGUGGUCAUGACUGCAAUUCAGGAGUUAAUGAGUAAAGAAACAGUGAGCUCUCCUGCAAGGGACGCCGUUGGAGAAUUAGAGCAACAGCCUAAAAGGGCUCUAGAAGAGCUUCAGGAAGCCGUAGCAGAAAAGGAAGAGCUAAAGCAAAGGUGCCAGGAACUGGAUAUGCAGGUGACUGCACUUCAGGAUGAGAAGAACUCACUGGUCUCUGAGAAUGAGAUGAUGAACGAAAAGUUUGACCAGUAGGAUGGCUCUUUUGAUGAUCCAAAUACAAGGGUUGCGAGAAAGUAUUUUCAUGCACAGUUACAACUAGAACAAUUACAAGAAGAAACCUACAGGCUUGAAGCUGCAAAAGAUGAUUACCGUGUUUACUGUGAGGAACUUGAAAAGCAGCUGAUUGAAUUUCAGCACAGGAAUGAUGAGCUGACAAGCCUUGCUGAGGAAACCAGAGCUCUGAAAUAUGAGACAGAUGUUCUUAGGGCUACCUCAGACAAAGCAAAUAAACUGGAGUCAACAGUGGAGGUGUAUCGUCAGAAGCUACAGGAUCUAAAUGACCUCCGCAAGCAGGUGAAAUCUUUACAGGAGACAAAUAUAAUGUAUAUGCACAACACCAUGAGCUUGGAAGAGGAGCUCAAAAAGGCCAAUGUAGAGCGCGCACAGCUAGAGACCUAUAAGCGCCAGGUUCAGGACCUUCACACUAAGUUGUCCCUGGAGUCUAAAAGGGCAGAUACACUAGCAUUUGAGAUGAAGCGGCUUGAAGAAAAGCAUGAAGCUUUACUCAAGGAAAAAGAGAGACUGAUAGAACAGCGUGACACUCUGAAAGAGACGAAUGAGGAGCUACGGUGCCCACAAGCACAGCAAGAUCACCUAAACCAAGCUGAUAUGUCUGCUACAAAAAGUUAUGAGAACCUUGCUGCCGAGAUCAUGACAGUGGAAUAUAGAGAGGUGUUCUUUCGGCUGCAGCAUGAGAACAAAAUGCUUCUUCACCUGCGGCAGGAAGGGACGGAGAAUGAACGCACUGAGCAGCUGCAGGAGCAGCUGGAGCAGAAGCACCGCAAGAUGAACGAGCUGGAAACUGAGCAAAGAUUGAGCAAAGAGCGCAUUGGAGAAUUGCAGCAGCAAAUUGAGGACCUCCAGAAGUCAUUACAAGAACAGGGCUCCACAACUGAAGGCGAAAGUUCCAGCAAACUAAAGCGGAAGUUGGAAGCUCAUAUGGAAAAGCUAACAGAAGUCCAUGAAGAAUUACAGAAGAAACAGGAGCUCAAUGAAGACCUUCAGCCAGAUAUAAGUCAGAAUGCCCAAAAGAUGAGUGAACUUGAAGCUGCUCUUCAGAAGAAAGAUGGAGACAUGAAAGCAAUGGAGGAGAGAUACAAAAUGUACUUACAGAAAGUCAGAAAUGUAAUAAAAACUUUAGAUCCCAAAUUAAAUCCAGCAUCAGCAGAAAUAAUGUUACUUAGAAAGCAGCUGGCAGAGAAGGAAAGAAUUGAGAUUCUAGAGAGUGAAUGUAAAGUAGCCAAAUUCCGUGACUAUGAGGAAAAACUCAUUGUUUCUACCUGGUAUAACAAAGCGUUUCAGAAACUGGGCAUGGAAUCUCGGCUUGUGAGUGGCACUGGUGCUUGCAAAGACACCCAUGUGGGCGCUCCUGCUGGGUCCUUAGCACAGCAGCGGCACAUCACCAGCACCCGGAGGAAAAUGUCUGUUAAAAUCCCAGCCACAGCAUCUGACUAG